AUGAAUUAUGUGUGUGUUGCAGAAGAUGAAUUACUGAAGUACAGACGAGAUUUGGAAAGUCUGUUAGCUGAAGUGGAUACGGCAUUAGUGAGCAAUUCAAUUGAGCGCCGUAAACGCUAUUCACGAUAUUCACCGAUUUCUGCGUCAUUACCCGAUCGUGAGUCGGCGUUUUUUUUGGAUCGAGUUCGAGCAAUUCAAGUGACUCGUGAAGAGGAACUGAACAGUAAUCUGAAUCGUAACAAUGUCGAAGAGUCGUCGUCCUCAUCUCCACAGCAACAAAAUGAACAAUAUCAGCCACAGAAAAUACGCGCAAAACCUUUCAUACCCAAGCGUAAUAAUACAGUGGAAGAGUGCAAACGCUUAUCACAACAAGAACUGGUGGUUGAACUUAAGCAAAAAGGCACGUAUAAUCCAGAUUUGAUGGCCUGGGAUGCAUCUGGUGUUAUACGUUUCCUUGAUCGAUCCAUUGUUGAUCAGUAUGAGCGUCAAAUGAAAAGUCAUGCGAGCAGUGAAGAAACUGUCGAACGAAAUAUUGAGGCGUUGGAGCGCAUUCUGGCUGAACUAAAUUUACAAUGUGAUGUACGAUCGCCAUCGGUUAUUUCACGAAUUCAAAAUAUAACCUUGGGUGAACCGAGGCGUAGCGUGGUAUCGCCGUCGAUUCGGAUGACUGAGUCCGAGUUACGCUCAAAGCGAGAAGUUGCUAAAAGUUUGAUCGACUCAUUUGAAGCAUCUCGACAAGCAGAUGCUGCAGCAACGACACAACAACAAGAACGGCACUCAUCACGCUCUCAGAAGAAACAAAGACAAAAGCUUAUAGGUGACGUUCAUGUGGUACCAUUUGGAUGUGAUAAGCGUGGUGGUGAAGAGGAUGGUUAUCUGCGGUUGUGUGCGGCAUGCCAAGCGAUACGACGACUUCCCGACACAUUCUUCCCACCUUUCAUCAACGAGGUGAUGUGCGAUGAUGAUAAAGCAUGCCUUUAUUUCUACGAUUUUCGUAAGUCUGUUUACAUCUUACCAUACUGA